AUGGAACUGAGUAUCCUUACUGGAAAACUCAUAUGCAACUAUUCAUUGAUUCCUCAAACUAUAAGUUUUGGGACAUCAUUAAACAUUGUCCACAAAGACGAUGCUGGAGAACCUAACCAGAAAGAUCAGCUGACAGAAGCACAACGCAAAGACUACCAAUUCAAUGCCAAAGUAAAACUAUUUCUUCUAUGUGCAUUGAGUAAAGCUCAACUGGACAAAGUUGAUGGGCUGACAACAGCUAAAGAAGUAUGGGAUGCUCUAGGAGUUGCAAAUGAAGGCACAACAAAUUUAAGACAAGAUAAAGUUAGUCUGCUUGUAGCUGAGUAUGAAACCUUCAAGAUGAAAGAGAAUGAAAGCAUUGAUGACAUGUUUGGAAGGUUCCAAACCAUUGUCAAUGGUCUUAGGAAUAUCGAUCGAAAAUAUGAAAAUAUUGAAGAUUGA